CUUUAACAGUAAAGUUAUUACCUCAGAUACCUUGCCAGCUUAGCACGGUGAAAUCAGUUUCAGACAAAAGAGAUCAACUGCUCUCUCUAGGAAAUACUUAAUUAGGGUGGUGCCUAGGAAUGCCCAGGGGUCCUGUAACGAUCGGUUUUUCCCGGAGGAUUUCUGCAGCAUGCGGUCCCGUUGGACGGCAGGCAUUCUGCUCUGAUUUUUCCUGUUGCCUGGCUAGUGACCCCCUACAGGAAGAUAGCAGAUCAGCCAGGAGGGCGGAGCAGCCCACUACACAUGUCUGGCUGCUCUUAUCAACUUAUCAUAUAAGGAAAGGAAAGUGAUUGAUUCGGAUACUGACACUGUAGGAUCUGGGGAGAGAGAAACAAAGGACGGUGAAAGCUGCUCUGUAGAAGCUGGCACAGCCCUCCCAAGCGAGCAGGACCGUUCUUCCCACUGCAAUCUGACAGUUUACUGCAUGCCUGGAGAGAACACAGCACUUAAAACCAAGUUUGCUACUGGAAAAAGAGGCAAGAGAAGACUUUCAUUGACGGACCCAGCCAUGGCAGCACAGUAGCCCUGCGUUUCCGACGGCAGCAGCUCGGGACUCUGGACGUGUGUGUGCCUUCAAGUUUGCUGAGCUGCUGAUUUAUUCCUGAAGAAAGAAUGUGGCAGAUUGUUUUCUUUACUCUGAGCUGUGAUCUUGUCUUGGCCGCAGCCUAUAACAACUUUCGGAAGAGCAUGGACAGCAUAGGAAAGAAGCAGUAUCAGGUUCAGCACGGGUCCUGCAGCUACACGUUCCUCCUGCCCGAGAUGGACAACUGCCGUUCUCCCUCCAGCCCCUACGUGUCCAAUGCUGUGCAGAGGGACGCGCCGCUGGAGUACGAUGACUCGGUGCAGAGGCUGCAGCUGCUGGAGAACAUCAUGGAAAACAACACUCAGUGGCUAAUGAAGCUUGAGAAUUAUAUCCAGGACAACAUGAAAAAAGAAAUGGUAGAGAUGCAGCAGAAUGCAGUGCAGAACCAGACAGCUGUGAUGAUUGAAAUAGGGACGAGCCUGUUGAACCAAACAGCAGAGCAAACGCGGAAGUUAACUGAUGUGGAAGCCCAAGUAAGUAAUGCCACAUUUACAAGUUUCCUAGAAAAGAAGGUGCUAGCUAUGGAAGAUAACCACAUUGUCCAACUGCAGUCAAUGAAAGAAGAGAAAGAUCAGCUACAGGUGUUAGUAUCCAGGCAAAAUUCCAUCAUUGAAGAACUAGAAAAAAAGUUAGUGACUGCCACGGUGAAUAAUUCCGUUCUUCAAAGACAGCAACAUCAUCUCAUGGAGACGGUUAACAAUUUAGUGACUAUGAUGUCCACAUCAAACCCAGCCAGGAGCCCCAUUGUUGCUAGAGAAGAACAAAUCAGCUUCAGAGACUGUGCUGAAGUAUUCAAAUCAGGACAAACCACGAAUGGCAUCUAUACGUUAACAUUCCCUAAUUCUACGGAAGAGACCAAGGCCUUCUGUGACAUGGAAGCUGGUGGAGGCGGGUGGACAAUUAUUCAGCGACGUGAGGAUGGCAGCGUUGAUUUUCAGAGGACUUGGAAAGAAUAUAAAGUGGGAUUUGGUAACCCUUCAGGAGAAUACUGGCUGGGAAAUGAGUUUGUUUCACAACUGACUAAUCAGCAACGCUAUGUUCUUAAAAUACUCUUUAAAGACUGGGAAGGGAACGAGGCUUACUCAUUGUAUGAACAUUUCUAUCUCUCAAGUGAAGAACUGAAUUAUAGGAUUCACCUUAAAGGACUUACAGGGACAGCCGGCAAAAUAAGCAGCAUCAGCCAACCAGGAAAUGAUUUUAGCACAAAGGACGCAGACAACGACAAAUGUAUUUGCAAAUGUUCACAAAUGCUAACAGGAGGCUGGUGGUUUGAUGCAUGUGGUCCUUCCAACUUGAACGGAAUGUACUAUCCACAAAGGCAGAACACAAAUAAGUUCAACGGCAUUAAGUGGUACUACUGGAAAGGUUCAGGCUACUCGCUCAAGGCCACAACCAUGAUGAUCCGGCCAGCAGAUUUCUAAAUGCCCAAGUCCACCUGACAAAGACUGUCUCGUGCUAUUUUCAAAGACUUAAGCCCAAUGCACUGAAAGUCACGGCUGCACACUGUGUCCUCUUCCACCACAGAGGGCACGUGCUCAGUGCUGAUGGGACCCACGUGCUCCAGAUUAGAGCCUGUAAACUUUAUCACUUAAACUUGCAUCACUUAACAGACUAAUGCAAGACCCUAAACAUCGUAACUGCCAUCAGACAGAACACCCAUGCAAAGAUGAACCCAAGGCUGAGAAUCAGACUGACAAUUUACAGACUCAGCUGUCACAACCAAGAAUGCCAUAUGCAAGUUUAUCAGUAAAUAACUGGAAAACAGAACACUUACGUUAUACAGUACAGAUCAUCUUGGAACUGCAUUAUUCUAAGCACUGUUUAUAGACUGUAUAAAAACCCAUAUGUCCUGAAUUCACGAUCACUAUCGCAAUUAAAAGAAAGAAAAAAAUCCCUAAGCCAUAAAAAGAUAUAUUCGGGGAUAUUCUGAGAAGGGGUUACUAGAAGUUUAAUAUUUGGAAAAACAGUUAGUGCAUUUUUACUCCAUCUCUUAGGUGCUUUAAAUUUUAAUUUCAAAAACAGCAUAUUUACAUUUAGGUUGACAGCUUAGUUUUAAGUUAAUACUGAAAUUUCAAGUUUAUAUGGUGGAAACUUCCAGGAUCUCUGAAAUUAUCAACAGAAACGUGUCAUUUUAGUUUAUAUGCAGAUUGUACUAUUUUUCUCUGCCUGAUUGUUAAAUAUGAAGGUAUUUUUAGUAAUUAAAUAUAACUUAUUAGGGGA